GCACCCAAAAAAUCUGAGGGUUGGGUUGGACUUGGAUGUUGUGAACUCACCAUUGCUGUUGAAUGUCGACGUGAAUGCAAAUUGGCAUCCUCCAAGAAUGAUAUUUCAAAAGUAUGCAGAAAGGACCGCGAGUGGGCUCAGUCUGCUGCAGUUAUGCGGGGCGGCACACAAACUGCAGAGAGUACUGCCAAGCUAUUUUUCGGACAGACUCUUCUCCUACCCCUUCACAGAUUAAGGCAGUUGAAAAUUACUGCGAAUCCAUCAGUCCUGAGUUAAUUCGCUGUGUUGACAACUACACACGGUCUUACCCCAUGAGAAAUCCCAUCGAUAGUUUGUAUUGUUGUGACAGAGCAGAGGACACGUCCUGCCAAACAGCUUGCAAAACAAUUCUGAGGACCAUGACGACGGAGAACGAAAUCGUUGAUGGCCUUAUUGAGGGCUGCAAGAAGCAGCCUCUGCCACAAGACCCGCUGUGGCAGUGUUUUCUGGAGAGUUCAAGAUCCCCUUUCCCUGUAACUACUGUGGACACACCCCCCUCGCCCAAAUUGCUUUGCUGUUCAAAAGCGAAUACAACUGUCUGUAGAGAUUUGUGUGGUAAACUUUAUAGUACCAGCUGGGGCAGUACACAGAGUUGGCAGGAGUUUGAAAGCCUCUGUGAAUACAAACCUGUAGAAGUCUCAAUACUGACCUGUCUGGCUGAUGUACAGGAGCCAUGCCAGUUAGGUUGCAAAGAUCUCGCUUACUGCACCAACUUUAACAACAGACCAACAGACCUAUUCCGGAGCUGCAAUGCCCAGUCAGACCAGGGAGCCAUGAACGAUAUGAAACUCUGGGAAAAGGGAAGCAUCAGGAUGCCCUUCAUGAACAUUCCUGUCUUGGACAUCAGAAAAUGUCGUCCGGAAAUGUGGAAGGCUGUAGCUUGCUCUCUUCAAAUCAAACCCUGUCACAGCAAGUCUCGGGGAAGCGUUAUCUGCAAAUCAGACUGCGUGGACAUACUCAAACAUUGCGGAGACCACAGUAAAUUUUCAGAGGGAACAAGUGCUGAAACCAUUUGUGACUUCUUGUCCCCUACUGAUGAUGCUGAAUACUGUAUUCCUCUGGAAAGCUACCUCAGCCCAAGUUCACUGGGAGACAUUUUGGAGGAGGUGAUUCACCCUUGUAAUCCCAACCCCUGCCCAAGUAAUCAGCUGUGUGAAGUGAACAGGAAAGGGUGCCAAACUGGUCAGGACUGCCUCACAUUCAUCUGUGUGCAAGGUUGUAAAAUGGGAGAAGCCUCAGAAUUCCUUGUCCACCAAGAAGCCCUUAUUCAGGUUCCAUUAUCUAAAGGGGAGGUUGGCUGCUAUAAAGUUUGCACUUGUGGUCAGAGUGGUCGUCUAGAAAACUGCGUUGAAAUGCCUUGUGUUGACAUGCAGAAAUCAUGCAUUGUUGGAGGCCAAAGAAAAGGUCAUGGGAUGUCCUUUCAAGUCGACUGUAAUGUCUGCUCGUGUUUCGCGGGCAAACUAAUCUGCUCUAGCCGCCAGUGCCUGAAUGAACACAGCUCCGAUGAAGAUAGGCGGAUGUUUACAGGUCUGCCGUGUAACUGUGCUGACCAGUUUGUGCCAGUUUGUGCACAUAAUGGCCGCACUUACCCAAGUGCCUGCAUUGCUCGUUGCGUUGGACUCCAUGACAAUCAGUUUGAAUUUGGAUCUUGUCUGUCUAAGGAUCCCUGCUACCCCAAAAACUGUCCAAAAGGUCAAAGAUGCAUACCAAAACGGAAAGUUUGCCUUACAAGUAUUAAUGAUUAUGUAUGCAACCAGUAUAAAUGUGUAUCCAAGCCUACAAACUGUGAAAAGGUUGCAGAGGAUCCUGUCUGUGACACAGACAAUGUUGAGCACCCCAAUCUCUGUGAGCUUUACCAAAGAGGGAAAGUGCUUGCCUAUACUGGACAGUGCCAGGACAUGUGCAAGCCAGAGAAGCCUGUCUGCGGCCACAACGGGGAGACCUACAGUUCUGUGUGUGCUGCCCACUCAGACCGAGUUGCUGUGGACUACCUGGGUCAUUGUCAUGCUGUGGGAGUGGUGUCUGACUCAGCCACUCAUGCAGCAUGUGCCGCCAUUAAAUGCCCACCCCUCUCGGCAAGUGGAUGCACACCCGUAAUACCACCUGGAGCCUGCUGUCCUUUGUGUGCUGGAAUGCUGAGAGUUCUGUGGAGCAAAGAUCAGCUCAAUGUUUUUGCCAAGAUAAACUAUAAACAGCCAGUGACUGUACACAACAUCCUUCGGACUUUACGUCUACAUAUCUCGGUGCCACAGUGUGAUAUAUUUGGAUACCUAAGUAUAGAAUCUGAAAUUGUGAUACUUAUUGUGCCAGUUGACCAGCAACCUACAUCACUGCAGAUUGAAGCAUGCAAUAAAGAAGCUGAGAAAAUUGACUCAUUGAUAAACUACGGAAGCCCAGCCCUGGUAUCCCACGUGCCCCUAUCUGCACUCACUACAUCCCAAGUGCAGGUCUCUGGGAAGACUUCCUCUGGGUGUACCAACAAAAUGUCUUUAUAUUUUGCACUUUUCCUAAUCCUUUUAUCAACUUUAUCAGUAAACUGUUAAAUACUUCUUGAUGAACAUAAGAACACAAUGAGAAAUCAUUUGCAGGUUGCUUCUUAAGUGCAGACAUCUAACCUCCUGACUUGACAAAAUUAAUAUAAUGAAAAGGAAGGGAUUUUUCCUCGUGGAGAAAAUUGCUGUGAUAAUCAAGUGUGAAUUUUUAAUUGUGUUCAUCUUUAACCAUUUGGGACACGGCCCAAAACCGUGCGUUGACGCACAAGGUAUUCCAUGAACAGCAUUGUAACACUUUGUCAGAAAAGUGUUCAAGCAGUGUCAGAAACUGGUCUUUCUGGCGAUCUGUAGGUUAAGUGUGCUGUAGAAUGUUGGUAUGAUCUUAUACACACAUACAGCCUCUUCAUUUAAAACGAUAGGUCUCAACGGAUUGAUAGUAACCAAAUUGUGACUUACAGUAGCCUGUAAUCAUGCUAAACAUCAAAAGAGAUUCAUUUUGUUCUUGUGAAAAAUCAAAUAAAUAAACCAGAAAUGCUGACGAAGAAUAGCCAUGUUUGUGAUAAUGACAAUCAUUGAUAUCCACUUGUGGGUAAUUUGACAAUAUGCCUUGCUUAAAAUAUUUACAGAGACAAAGUAAAAUGCAAUAUUUUUAAUAACCUUUUGGAAAUCAGAAAUUAUGUUUUCAGUGUCAUGGCUCUUUAAUAGGAUCAUUUUAUUUUCUAAGGAAUUUAAAGAAACAAGUUUUAAAUGUGCCGUUCGAAAUUUUAUUGUCCUUGCAUGUCAAUGAAUUGUGAAGUGUUUUAUUACAGAAUUAUUAUAUGACUUUUACAUAAUAUGUGUUUUGUUUUUUGUUUUUUUGUCUGUGCGCCUAAAGCGUACCUUUUCACAUGAAGUGAUUUCUUGUUUCAGUAUUACUGUGCUAGGCAGCUUUUUAGUAUUAAACCAUUUUUUUGUUUGGCUGUUUUUUGUAAAAAGUAAAUGUGAUAUUAUUGCCAAAAUGUAGAACAUAUAUAAAUGUAGGCACUUAAGAGUUAAUGUAUUGAAUAAAUACCUAUUUUAGCUAAAUUGCCAGUACUUUUAAAAUGCCAAUAAUGCAUAUAUUUGUCAAAUUGCCUUUUUCUGUGUUUCUUAUUCCAUUGUCCCUGCUCAGACAGUUGAUGCUUUCAGAUGUGGUGAAUCUCAAGAUGCAGAAAGGACAAACUAGGACUCUCAAAGUGGGGGUCAAAAAAUGUCACAAAGCAAUAAAUACCAGCAAAAUUGCUUCUCAACUCAAAUGGCACAACAAACCUGAACUUAAGGUAGAGGUGGCUCCCGGGAUUUGAAACUAGGCUUUUUAUUAUUUCGGCUUUCCCCUAUUCAGGGAACCACAUCAAAAUGAUUGAUAUGAUGCUAAUAGUUUCAUUCACACCAAUAAGCACUAAUGGAAGUGAACCAGAACCGGCCAGGAUGUCAUUCUUUAACUUAUUUCAAAGCUGGAAUGCAGUUCCAAUGCCCUUUGUGUAUGUGACUGCCCUAAUACAACAUGUAUCGGGUCCAGAAGAGGCCUUUGCACAUUAAUAAGUUUGUUUGCAUAGCAUAUCAAAUAACAUGUUGCAUAUGGGUAUUUAUGUGGCAUUGCAAUUUCCUGUUGACAGUUCUAGAAGCCAAACCAACUUGAUUGUUGAAGGGGGAAGAAGCCCUUCACCACCAAGAUAAACAAACGUAUAUAUCUUUUAAUGUAUGUUCCUAAGAAUCUAAAGCAAAUAACCUUAGCAGGAGCUUGUAAGUAACUGACCAGACACUUUGAGCUUUCACAAGAGAUUGCAUCAUGAACAAAGAGAUUAACAGUACCAGUUACAGUAUGUUGUAUAGCCUGGGACCAUAAGCAUUAUGUUUCCUGUGCAUGUGUUCAGUGACAUGCAGUUUUGUAAUUUGGUGUGUUUGUAUCCGAUAGACAGAUUCACUUCCCAUUUUCAAUGUUAAAACAAAGCCGCCAGGCUUUGCCAAAAUUAGCUGGUUUUAUUACAGUGAAAAUACACUGUCCGUCCUAUAAAUGUCAGAUAGUGUAUAUUUAGUAUGAAUUAUUUUAAAUAUUGGGGAAAAUGAAAGUAUGGGAGCAUGUAAUGUAGUAAAUGUACAUUAGACAGCGUGGUUUAAGUCACUUAACUUUACUAGUUCACAUUGGUAAGAUGUAACAAAG